CUAUGCCGGUGGCUGUUUGGACAUCUGUUGACACACCCCACCCCGUUGCCAAGCGGCGCCAAACCAACGAGAGCACCCGGACCAGACGCCCAAGUCGAUCGCCAUGGCGAUGAAGCCGGCGGCGGCGGCUCCCCCUACCCCGGCCGCGGCGCACAGCGUGUUCGUCUACGGCAGCCUGAUGGCGGACGAGGUGGUCCGCACCAUCCUCAAGCGCGUCCCGCCCGCCGCCCCGGCCCUCCUCCCAAACUACCACCGGUUCAACAUCAAGGGCCGCAUUUACCCGGCGAUCCUGCCCGUUGAGAGCAAGAGAGUUGCUGGGAGGGUUAUCAUGGGUGUUACUGAUGAAGAGCUCCAGCUUCUUGACGCGUUUGAAGACGUGGAGUACACGAGGACAAGAGUUGAGAUAUCAUUGGCUGACUCUUCCGAGAACAUGCUGGCUGACACUUACGUGUGGAGUGAUGCAGAGGAUCUCAAUCUUUAUGGAGAAUGGGACUUUGAGGAGUGGAAGAAACUGCACAUGAAGGAUUUCCUUGCGAUGACGAACGGUUUCAUGCACGAGCUCGAGCAGCCUGAAUCGAAGACCCGGGUGGAGACCUACCAGGAAUUCAUGCAACAACAGGAACAGCCUGCGCCGGGGACCCAGGUGGAGGGUUGAGAGCUGCAAUCCGCUGGCUGCUGAUCUACAUCUAGUCAAUUCCCAUGGAGGAAUUGCAUUGGCAUUGGACUGUACCGUAUCUAAUAGGUCACCUAUAUCAUUUGUGAAGAUCAGGAUUAUCCGGUCUAUAAUAACUAAACAUACAAAUAAAAUGUCCACCGAGGUUUCUGUUGAUUCUUUAUGUCAUUGUUGACCCCAUGGCUGCUGCUCAACUGCUGAUGCGCGGUCUCUAUAAUUUGUGAAAGAAGAUAGUGAUUAACUUACAUAAUGCAAUAGUUAAGUACAUGUAUAUGAAACAGUUUUCCUUGA